AUGGUGACUCUGAUGCCUUCUCAACUCAACGGGAUUGGGAUCCCUAUCCGACCCGCCAAGCCACAACAGCAACACCAACAGCAGGAUCACUCAAAUCACCACUACCACGGCGACUCGGCGGUCUACAGCGCCGUCAGGACCCAUAAACACUCCCGCUCAUCGUACUCUGACGCAUCCCCGUUGUCGUCAUCCAGGAACAACUCCCUCACUUUCCGCCCUUUCAAGCGUUCGAUGCCCACCCCAAACAAGACGAUUGCUGUCAUCAACGCCAGCGGUCGUCAGGCUGCAUCAUUCAUCAGAGUUGCCACGGCUGUUGGCUACCACGUCCGCGCCCAGCUGCGGAAUCUUGAAGGCGUCGUCGCCACCGAGGUCAACUCAAACCCUAAUGUCACUGUCCUUGUCGGCGAGUUGUACACGAGGCACAAGCCGACUCCGGACAACAGAGAUGUGACAACCAACGGCCCCAUUUCCGGUGUUGGUGUAAACCAUGACUUGAUCAAUGACCUCUUCCGCGGCGCUCAGCUGGCUUUCAUCAACACCACAUUUUAUGGAGACGAGUUUCAGAUCGGAAAGGCACUUGCCGACGCCGCCAAGAAGGCCGGGGUUCAACACUACGUCUACUCCACGAUGCCCGAUCAUGCCGCAUACAAGUCGGGUUGGCCUUCGCUUCCUCUCUGGGCUGCGAAGCACCAGGUCGAGGAGUAUGUCCGCUCCAUCGGCAUGCCUGCUACCUUUGUGUACACGGGCAUUUACAACAACAACUUCACCUCGCUGCCCUAUCCGCUCUUCUGCAUGGAACUCCAGCAGGAUGGUUCAUUCGUUUGGCAAGCUCCGUUCCACGAAGAUGUGAAGCUACCCUGGCUCGAUGCUGAGCACGACGUCGGUCCCGCCAUUAUACAAAUCUUCAAGGACGGCCUGGCCAAGUGGCGCACAAAGCGUGUUGCUUUGGCCUGGGAAAUGCUGACUCCUCGCGAGGCUUGCGAAGUUUUUGCCAGAGGUGUUGGCCGGCCAGUCAGGUAUGUCCGGGGUCCGAUUGAGCUGAAGGUCAAGAUCCCGAAUGGGUACCGCCAACAGCUCGAGGCGCUAGAGAAACUGUUUUCCCUCGGCCACCAAGAUCCCAAGAAGCAACCCCCCUACUUUGGGGAUGUCGAGCUGGAGGACAACUGUCUCUCUCAGUCCAUGGCACUCUGGGAGGGCCCUAGAGGUCUGGAGGAAUACGCACAGGAAGCUUUCCCACUAGAAGAGCAGGCCAACGGAUUAACAUGGAUGUUGGAGGAGGAGGAAGAGGCACCCGAGGAGGAAGCGGCGCCAGCAACCCAUCUGAAGGAUCAGGAGGUGCAGCAAGAGGAGGAGGAGCAGGAAGAGGAAGAGUACGAAUACUCAGAUGAGGAGGAUGAAGGGUUGACGAUGAGAGGGCUGAAGAGAGAUGAGGAGGAAUGGCUCGCAUGA